CAAAAACAAAAAGAGAACGGAAGCUGCUUUUUUGUCCAAAGGCUCUGCCUUCUCUCUCUAUUUCUCCAACACCUGUCUGCUAAGAAUGGCAUUGAACUCUCGAAGACUCUUCUCAGCAACACAAACUCACAACAGCUAAGCUUCCUUUUUUUCCUCGCUAAGUCCAUGACCCUUUGUUCCUCUCGCUUUAAUACUCAAGAAAAAUGCCUGCUUUCGGAUCUCAACACAUGACAAACCCCAGGGACUUGCCGCACUCCGGAGAAAUAGGCGCCGCCGGUGACUCCUCGGAUACUGAGUCCUUGUCGGAUUUGGACCUGGAGAGGGGCGGCAUGCUGCAUUCCGGUGGUAAGAAGAGGAGGAGGAAAAAGAAGAGCAAAGGCGGGCGAGAUUGCAGGAUCUGUCAUCUGGCUCUGGAGGAUGAAAAUGGCGGUGGUGAAGAAGAAGAAGAUGAUGAUGAUGAUGAAGAUAGUGAAGAAGAAGAAGACGAAGAGGGGGAGGAGGAGGAGGAGGAAGAGUGUUAUGGGUUGCCUUUACAGUUGGGUUGCUCUUGCAAAGGUGAUUUGGGUGUUGCUCACAGCAAAUGCGCUGAAACUUGGUUCAAGAUCAAAGGAAACUUGACGUGCGAGAUUUGUGGUGCAACGGCUCUAAACGUGGCUGGCGAGCAGUCAAACCUGGUCAACGCUCCCGCUUCAUCUGCAGCAGCGGCGCAACCUCUGAUUCAGACAGAGUCACGGGGAACAUGGCACGGCCACCGUCUUAUGAACUUCUUACUCGCCGGCAUGGUCUUUGCCUUCAUCGUCUCUUGGCUUUUUCACUUCAAAGUCCUCAAAUGAACGGUUGUCAUGAUUUUACUCUACAAUGUUUUUUUUUUCACCACAAUCUUCUGCUCAGUUGUAAGUUGUUUUAACACGUUUUUUGUCACUGUAAAAUCGGUGAAUUUUACCCUGUUUAAUAAUAUUACCUUCUCGGUU